ACUCCAAGUGCCAGUAUCAAUACGUACCCACCGUUAAUGGCGCAUGCGCCCGAUAACAGUUAAUUCUAGAAAUACCUUAAAAUUCGCCCUACAAAGCAUCAUCUGAUACAGUAAAGCUCAAUAAGCAUUUUUUUUUGGAUAAACAACCGGCGCAAUAUGUAAAACACCCAGUUACGUAUUUCUGGUUUCCGUGAUAGUCUACCACUGAGUGUCAGGGAGUUAUUGUCGGAGGCGCGGCUAACAGGAGCUGUCAGCUUCAAAGCUCCUGCAUAGGUUUGGCUGUUGAUUUUCUGAACUGAACCGGCAAUAGUGAAUGCACUUGACCAGUUCGUGUGUUUUUUUCAAUCACACUUCUGUAUCUGAAUACAAUAAUUUCUAUAACAGACAUUUAUCGCAGGGAGGACUCAACCUGGAACUAUCGCAAUAGUACAGAAAAUGAGUAAGUUGAUGAUCUCAAGCAUGAUGCUGGGGCACAAGAACACCCCCUGGAAUCUGGUGAAACUGAUUAUCGGGAGAACAAACUUUCCUUUCUUACAAACCUGGAGCAGGCCCAGCUGGGGUCUGGUAAGGGUCUGCCAUUCAGGAAAUCCCAUACCAUCAUGCCCUGUUAGCACUAAGAAGAGGGGUUAUGACAUCCUAAGAAACCCUCAUCUGAACAAAGGCAUGGCAUUUACACUUGAAGAAAGACUGCAGCUUGGUAUACAUGGAUUGAUUCCGCCUUGCUUUCUGAGCCAGGAUGUCCAAGUUCUCCGUGUCAUAAAAAGUUAUGAGACAAAAAAUAAUGACCUGGACAAGUACAUUAUAUUGAUGACUCUGCAAGACAGAAAUGAAAAGCUUUUUUAUCGAGUUCUGACAUCUGACAUCGAACGAUUUAUGCCAAUAGUAUACACCCCCACAGUUGGGUUGGCAUGUCAGCAGUAUGGCCUUGCAUUUCGGAGACCAGAGGGAGUCUUUGUUUCGAUCUCAGACAUGGGACAUGUUCGCUCAUUGUUAAAUUCAUGGCCAGAAGAGAGGGCAAAAGCUGUAGUAGUAACUGAUGGAGAGCGCAUUCUUGGCCUUGGGGACUUGGGAAGUUAUGGUAUGGGAAUUCCUGUAGGAAAGCUUGCUCUCUAUACAGCAUGUGGUGGAGUAAACCCACAGACAUGUCUCCCAGUUUUGCUUGAUGUUGGCACAGACAAUCAGACCCUUCUAAAUGAUCCGUUGUAUAUUGGCCUGAAGCAUAAGAGAAUCCGGGGUAAGGAAUAUGAUGACUUGAUAGAAGAAUUCAUGGAAGCAAUAACUAACAAGUAUGGAAUGAACUGCUUAAUCCAGUUUGAAGACUUUGCCAAUGCUAAUGCAUUCCGAAUCCUGAACAAAUAUCGCAACAAGUACUGCACAUUUAAUGAUGACAUUCAGGGAACUGCAUCUGUCGCAGUUGCUGGCCUCUUAGCAGCAUUAAAAAUCACAAAAAAUAGACUUUCUGAUCAUAAGUUUGUUUUUCAAGGAGCUGGAGAGGCUGCGAUGGGUAUAGCACAUCUUAUCAUAAUGGCUAUGAAAAAAGAAGGAACGUCUGUGGAAGAAGCCAUUAAACGUAUUUGGAUGGUGGACUCAAAAGGACUUAUUGUUAAGGGAAGAAGCCAUCUGAACCAUGAAAAAGAGAUGUUUGCUCAAGAUCAUCCACAUAUUAAAAGUUUAGAGGACGUUGUUCGACAAGUGAAACCUACAGCUAUUAUAGGAGUGGCUGCAAUCGGAGGAGCUUUCACUGACCAGAUCUUGGAGGACAUGGCAGCAUUCAAUGAUCGUCCAAUUAUUUUUGCUUUGAGCAACCCCACAAGUAAAUCAGAAUGUACUGCAGAACAGUGUUACCACCUGACAAAGGGCCGUGGUAUAUUUGCUAGUGGUAGUCCAUUCGACAAAGUGACCCUUCCCGAUGGACGUACCUUUAUCCCUGGACAGGGAAAUAAUGCUUAUGUAUUUCCUGGAGUUGCACUAGGAGUUAUUUCUUGUGGAGUCAGACACAUUUCUGAUGACAUCUUCCUAACAACAGCCGAGUCUAUAGCUGAACAGGUGGAAGAAAAGGAUCUUGCAGAAGGCCGUCUGUAUCCUCCACUGAGUUCCAUUCAAGACGUGUCCUUCAAAAUUGCUGUAAAAAUUGUGGAAUAUGCCUACAAGUAUAAUAUGGCCUCUUGGUACCCUGAACCAAAAGACAAGGAGACCUUUGUCCGUGCCCACAUGUACAGUCCAGAUUAUGACUCCUUUGCACUGGAUAGCUAUCACUGGCCAGCAAAUGCCAUGAAAAUCCAAGAUGUAUAACAUUCCUUUUUUUUUACUACUUAGACUGACAUGCAGGCUGCCACAAUCCUGUUUAUCAUAAUCAUUGUUAUAAGAAGACAAAAUGAAGUACUUGGAAUUUCUAGUUUUCAGUUUUAUAACUGGCAUCAGCAGAAUUCAUAUACACCCUCGGUAUCAUAAUCACAGUUGGAAGAGUUUCUCUGGGUCCGAUUCCAAAAGGCUUACUCUCAGUGUAAGUGACCACUUACACUGAGAGCAGGUCUUUUGGAAUCUGGCCCCCGGUGUACGCCUAUUUAUAGAUAGGACUUUAUACCAAAGUCAGUCACUUACACUGAGAGCAAGUGUUUUGAAUCUAGCCCUCUUUCUUUAAUUCUGAAGGCCUGUGCUGUACCCCAAAAUAUAUUUUUUCAUUCCAAGUGUGUUUGAUCACUGUGUUCCCAGUUAUUAUGCAGACCAAUAUGACCUAUAAAGUAGAGAUGAUUUUAAUGCAUUAGGGAAAGGAAAACGAUUUCAGAUCAUUCAAAGCUGAAGAAACACAAACUGUCACAUGAAGAGACAUUUUCAUUGCUUUGUUUUCCAUUUACAAAAAAAAAAUAAUAUUUUUGUUACAGACCACUUACUUUGUAAAUAAUGUAUACUGAAGAAGAUUUCUUUGCAGUCUACUCUGCAGUCAUCUUUUGUUUUAAUGUUAUGAAAAUUUGUUUAUCAGGAAAUAGGAAACAUUUUUUUCUUCAUUUUUUGCCAUGUUAAGUAGAUAAAAAGAUGUAAUCAGUAUAACCAUUUUUUACCAACUUUUGUGCUUACAAUACCAUUGUUUUUUUUCUCCUUUGUUACUUCCAUCCCUUCUGCCUGCCAGCUAUCAAUCCUCCCCCUUGUCAGACUCACUCCUGUUCAUUCUCUAGUGGCUGGGAUUCCCAAGAUUGGAUAGGUGACAGCUGUCCAGAGGGUCUGUCACUCAUGCAGUUUGUGCAUCCCAACAAUGACAGCAUUUGUGUAAGCCUCUAACUCAUCCCCUGGGUUGGGGAAAGAGCUACCCUGUCUGGCACAAGUGCUCACAGUACAAGUCCCCCUGUGAGAGCAUACCCUCAUGCACAAGCUAAAAACUUGGUGAUCUGAAAGCCCACCUCUAGAAUGCCCAUUGCAAUGUCACCCCCUGGUGUGCGGGAUUGUGUCUAGGCACAGUCUGCUCCACCCUGGUCUUCUUUCUAGGGUUAACAUGUCCAUCCUCGUCUGCCAGCACUGCGAAGCACCUAAACUGCUAAUCGAACUUGGGUCACAUGGGCCACACACAAGGCUUUAUCCCUGUCUCUGUACCUGGCACCAUUGUCUCCUUUUUUUUUUUCCACUAUUAAAGUUAUGCAUGUUUUUGUUAAAAUAUGGUAAUGCUCACAGGUGAUUUUUAACCUGUUUCCAAACCCACAGGAAAGUAACAUGAAUGAAAUAUGUAUGGCAAAGUACAAUUGAGCAAAACUGUUUUGAAACAUUUCUGCUGAAGUGAUUUAAUCAGUGGGUGUAAGAAACUGUGACUGUAAAUGUUCUUCUUCCUCCAAGACCACAACAACCCAGUUUUUGUUUUUCGCAGCUGUGGUUACCUGGUAGUUAAUUAUUGUAGUUAGCGUCAAUGAGAAUAAUGCAGACCCCAAACAGAAUUAAAAAUAUCUGUCUGAAAUUGAACAGUUACUUUUGAAAUACCACAGUUUUACUCAGGAGCAACCAGCGACAAUGUGUUUGAGAAGAUGAUUUGUUUAAAAUUAUUUUGUAUCCAUAAAAUACUACCUUAUUGAUAGAUGCAGCAUACUUCUUUUCUGAAUCUGUUUGAAUUAAAUACAGUUAAAGUUGCUUAGUACUUAUUUGUUUUCAAUGGAUUUGACAUAUGCUUUGUCUGAAGGGAAACUGUUUAGAAUAUUCAGAGUUGUGAGUGGAGAGAGAGUAAGUACUGCCAUGUUCUUAGCCAGUCACAGCCCAUUUGCUUACAUCUUUUAAUUACAAUUAUUGGAUGGUGCAGUGGUGCAGCAGUAGCGUUUUCACCUCACAGCAAGAGAUUCUCUGGUUCAGUUCUUGGCUGCAGUGCCUUCUGUGCGGAGUCUACAUGUCCUACCUGCAUUUCUGUGGGUUUCCUCCCACUUUGUAAAGACAUGUAUCUGAAGCGUUUCUCCCUUGGCCUCUGCUGAAAAUUGGCUUUGUUCCAAGUCGGGCUUUCCCGGUUAACAAAUGUUAAAUAAAUUAGAUUGAUUGUUUUGUACCCUUUUUGAGUUACAGUGAACUAAGUUAUUUUCACUUGUAAGAACAACUAAGUAACAAAGGUAGUUUGACAGUAGUUUGGGUGGCGCUGCAGUUUCUUUUUCUUAUGGAAAAUAUUUCUUUAGAAUUAAUUUACAGUGAUAGGGUGGGCUUUGCAUCUGCACCCCCCCCUUUCUGUGUGUAUGACCUUAUAUAUAGAUAUAUUCACACAUGCAUAGGCAGACACACACACACACACACACACACACACACACACACACGCACACACAAACACACACACACACACACACACAGGGAAGAAAUGAACAUCUGUACUUUUCAGUACCUCAUCCUAUCCCAGCAAACAACCUGUGCAAGGUAGAAACCAUCCCCUGAGGGAGGCUACCCCAUCCAAGAAAAUAAUUGGUUGUCUCAGUGCUCUCGGGUAGCAAUGACAAUUACGAUACUAAUGUGACACAUUCACAAAUAUAUAUUUAUAUGGAUUUAUAUUAUAUCAUAUCUUUUUUUUUUUUUUUAAUUUUGAGUUUUGGAAACUCAGUCAUAUGGCCUCGACCAUAUGAAUUUUGAGUUUCGGAAAACUCUAUGAUGUAAUAUAAAUCCAUUCAUGUAUAUCAUUAUACCACAUAUGAUGCUGUCCUUUACAGCCUUAAUAACCUUCCUUUUAAGUGCCUUUGUCUGGCACCAACUUUUAAUGUAGGACUUCUAAAUCUCAAUUCAGUACCCAGAUUAAGUCUCAAUUCUUGAUUUUAGAGUUGCAUCAUAACUUUCAUGUUUCCUGUUGCCUUUCUUUCUGCAUCCAGAAAUCUUAUUUGUUUUUCUAAUAUCACAGUUUUCCAAGAUCCUUGCCAUGUCUGGUUGGAGACAGUGCCUUUUCUUAAGAUGAAUCCUUCUUUCUCAGGUUCAUGUGAGCUAAAUAUAUUGUGUUGUACUUCUUUAAACUAUUAGCUGCAAUGCCACAUAUGUAUUAUUGUCUUCUUGCCUGUGUGAUCCCUUAGAUUGUUUUUGCAUCAUUUAUGCAUGCUUAUAAUUUGUGAAGAAGCAUGCCUUUUUUGUUAGCUCCAUUACGUUGCUGUUAGAGAAAUUGCAAAAGAUGCAGACCUAGUACCAAAUGCUGGAGGAAUUUGCACUUGCCAUUACCUUUUCCUCUGACUGAAAUCCAUUACUUGGGGCUAUUUAUGCCGCGGUGAUAACUGUCUUUAACAUAUUUAGCCAGUCCCAGAUUUGAGUUCCUUCUCCUUCUGCUUUUUCACACUCUUGAUGUGAAACAGAACCCAAACCCUUACUUAAAUCGUGCUGGUCUUGCCUCGCGGCUCUCCAUGAUUGUGAAACAGAACCCAAACCCUUACUUAAAUCGUGCUGGUCUUGCCUCACGGCUCUCCAUGAUUGUGAAACAGAACCCAAACCCUUACUUAAAUCGUGCUGGUCUUGCCUCGCGGCUCUCUGUGAUCAGUUCUGCUCAUUAUCUAACUGAGCGGGUGUAUCUUUUGUCUGACAAGUACUCUUUGCUAUGUGCUGCACAGGAUCUUCCUGUCCACUAUGCUCAGUCUGCUUGUCCUUUGGCAGUAGUCUGUCUGUGGAAUGGACAAUUCCAAGUUUGCUUGAGUGUGAAAAUGUUUCAUCGGUGUUCACUGCAGGGGAUAAUUCUGCCUGGCUCAAAGGACAACAGCCUCAGAGCUGAUUAUAUUAGUAGAGGGUUGGUGAGGAUUGCUUCCAAGAGAAUGCAGAUGCUGAAUUCCAUCAUAUAUCAUUUUGUGUUUGUACUGUAGCAAAAUUCACAAACCUAUUUAUUUUCAAGUUAGGGAACCAUACUCAGCCCUUUCCUAAAGUAAUGCCCAUCAGCUUUUCUGCUCACAACCAUAGUUAAGAGUAUUGCUUAAAAACAAGCACAAGAAAAUUAUAUAACAUUAUAAAUAAAAUCACCUGCACACCUAUGUGGGAGCCUUUGACUCCUCACUCCCCUUUAAUCUCUUAUACAUAAAUUCCACCCUCACUUUACCUUGAAGAAAGCUGCAACUCCACAAACUGUGCUGUGCGAAGAUAACAUAAGUCACUUGAACCUAAUUCACUGUCCAACAAAUACCAAGUAGUGAAAGUUGCAGGUAUCCUGACUGAAUGCAAAAUUGUAACUAGUGGGUUACUGCAAAGAACAGUGGUGGACCCUCUCCUUUUUGGUACUUAUUUUUCAGACAUCCAAGUCAAUAUUUCUGAAGUGUGGCUGACCAAGUUUGCUGAAAACUGUUAUCUCCUCAUCCAUUGAUAUUAAAUUGUUCGAAAAAGGACUUGAAUGUGCACAUACCUGGUAUACUAAAAAUUGUCUCAAGCUAAAUGCAAGAAAAAAAUGCAGUAUAGUAGCAAUUAGCAAAAAAGCUGUUCCCACCUCAUAGUUAUAAUUGGUACUUCUCUUUAAACUGAUACAGACAUAAAAGAACUGGGCACCUAUGUGGACAAUUCUGUCUCAUUUGAUCAUCAUGUUUCCACCAUAGUCAGGAAAUGCUUUGAUCUGGCCAGGUUAAUGUCAAAGGGAAUAUCUUCAAGAUCAAAAGAUGUCAUCUUACGACUGUACUGUUCCCUGAUCAGACUCAUCAUCGAAUACAGUGCCCAUUGGUAUUGAUAGGUUCAAGCAUAUUGCACAACUGGAAAGACCCAGUGACUUUUCACCCAAAAAAAUGAAAUGCCUUAAUUCCUUCAACUGUCCUGCUAGAUCAGCACACCUCUCCAUAUACUUGAGUAGCCUACUGGCUUCUCCAAAGUGACCAUUUCUUGCUUGUUUGACCAUGAAAGAUCAAAUUCUAUUUGACUUCCUAUUUCUUUUCAUAACCAGCUGCUCUACAUACAGCAGAAUUAUAGACCUAAAUGUACACCAACAAAUAAACAAGAUUUGCUGUUGGAUUAAUUUCCUAACUCAGCAUAUUCCAAACCUGUGGAAUACAUUCCCACUGCAGGUCAAGCAAUGCACUACUCUGUCUACUUAUAAGGAUACUUUUGACAAUUGGAUAGGUAGACAUAAAUUUACACCAAGAUUUUCAUGUAUGACCCUGCUUGAUUUGGGAGAUGGGCUCUAUUAAGUACUCAUAAAGUGUGGCAAGACCUUUUAUGUGUGCCUACGCAAAGGUGUUUAUGGCUAGGCCUCUUACAGUCCUGUGAUCACCUGUCUUAGUAUUCCUAUGAUCCUGUUUUCCUAACUGAACAAAAUGCAUUGAAUGAAACAUUAUAACAAUUAAAAUCACAAAGGGAGCAUUUUCUGACACCCUUUUACUUGUAUUUACACUGACUCUUUAUUCAGUGCAUUGCAGAGAAUUCUGCAACUCCUCAAACUAUUCUGUUUAAAAUUACCUGACUUUGCUUGGCAAUUGAACAGACUACAUUUCUUUGCCAUGAAUGUAAUUAUAAUCACAUUGCAUCUGACAUAUAUAUUAUUUAGAAGUGUAAACUUUCCCUUUCUCUCUGUCUAUAAAUAAUAAAUAAACACAUACACACACACACACACACACACACACACACACACACACACACACACACACACACACACGCGGGUACUCCUUAGAUCAGUUGUCAUUUUGUUGAAGGACCUCUGGGUAUAUAAUGGUUUCUAAAUGUAAUCUUUCUGGAGUACUGUGUUGUCUGAGUACUGGAGAUGUCAAAUGAAGGAGGUUGGAUUUCGAAUGGUAACUCUGAGUAGGUUAUGUUAAUGCAGAAGACUUCAGACAUAGCAAACUGUAUUGGGGGUAGGAGUGUGUGCAGAUGUUUAUGGGUUGGGGUAAGGGCUCUCUUUAUAAGGGAAUGGAUGUAGUUCUGUGCAAGUCUUAGCGAGAUAGGAUUAGAGCAAGGAUUACGUAAGGGGAUAGAUUUAUAUUUUGUGUGUACGUGUGUGUGUUUCUGUAUGUAAUGUGUGCUAUUAUCUUUUGUAGUGGUAGUGUUAUGGAAGGAGGUUAUCUAGGGUAAGGUGCAGGGUUAGAGUUAGGGGUAAGAUACGUUAAUGAAGUGCUGUACUGUUCUUAUGCUGCUGUACAGUUAAUUGCGAGUUGUAGAAAAAUCCUAUUUGUUUAUAUUUCUUAGAAAAAUAAAUGAAAAUUGCAUUAAAACAGAAGAUGAUGUUGUCUAGUUAUAUUAAACAGGAUGUAUUCACUGUUCACUUAGCUGUUUUUUUAUGGAUUAUGGUACAAAGAUUAAAAAAAAAUAAUGCCAUUUCAAUAAACAAAGAGAGCAGCAAUCAAGCAAAAGACAUACUGAGAGAAAGCAAACCAUGAAGCCACAAAGGUUUUUAUUUUAUUUAUUUAUUCUGGGGGGUGCGGUACUUGUACACACACACACACACACACACACACACACACACACACACACACACACACACACACACACACACACACACACACGCACCUCAGGUAGAUCCACAUUUUGAGGGUAAGGGUUGAAGAUUUGGGUUCUCUGAAAAGUCACCAACAAAAGGAGAAUGCAUUUUUGUUGUUAUCAUAAUACAACCAGUGGCAGUAGUGGGGCUGUUAAUUACACACAGCAGUAAUUUACUGCAUUUACUUGUUUGUUCAGUAACCAUCUGUAUUAAAUGUUAUUUUAUUGUUUAUUUUACCUUCAUUAGUAAUGGUGUCAUCCUCAUUUUUAAUGGAAAUCAGGAAUGAGAGAAGUGCCUCAUGAACUCAGCCUUUGAGCUGCUUAGACUGCCCAGACUGUUAUAGACUGCCUUAGUUCUGGUGAAUUAAAAAUAGAUCUGAUGUCAAUUUUCAUUCAUUCCUCAACUGAUGAGAAUCUCAUACUCAGAUCCGACUCAGCCAUUACACUAGCUCAUGGCCUCCGACAAACUCUCAAGCUCCUUUUCCUACCCAUAAUGCACUAUCCCUAAUGUCCCUCAGAUCUUGUUUGCCGCUUUCGAGUCUAGACGUGGUCGCCUUCAGCUCUAGGGUUAGUUGGUAAAGAUAAGUGAAUCUUUGCAAAUUCUAUUCUUCAAAUGGUUAUUUUUUGACAAGUCUUUUUUCACAAAACAGUUAUUCUGUUUCCUUGUGUGUCUGUAAUUUGUUUAUAAUUUUCUAUACCUUUAUACACUUGAUAGGGUAGUCUUCACUACCAUUGUUGGUAGACCUUUCCUACCCUGUUUCUUUCUUCUCUGCUUUUAUAGUUAACCUUUCCUUUCCCUUUUUGAUAAAAAAAAUCUUCUAGCUUAUUCUUACUGGCUUUUCUUCCUAGUAAUUGUAGCAUUUGGACUGUCUGGAUAUGUUAGGACUAUAUUUUUGAGUCUCCUUUGAUAUCUAGUUAUAAGUAUUUACUUUAAACAAUGUCUGAGAAAAGUUAAAAAAAAAUGCCAGAAAUGUGGGCAUAAGAUGCCUUUUUCAGAUGCCCACACUCUCUGUGUUUACUGUUUAGAGGCUGAGCACCUUGAUCAAGAUUCCGACAUUUAUAGUGGGUUCAACCCAAGAGGUUUGGCGGAAAGAAGAAAUAGGUUAAUUUUUAAAGCUCCCUUUUCUCAAGCCAUUUCUGGAGUUCAAUCUCCCAAGAUUAAAACUAAGGAUCCUUCAAAAUGGUCCAGACCUUUGGAUUCCCCUGCAUCUACUUCCUCAGAUCAGAAGUCACUUGGGAUCUGACCAUUUUCAGAUCCGAUCAGAUAUGUUUCAAGUACUACAGCCUCUGAUCCGAUGAAACGUACUCAGGAUCCGACUUCCUUGGAUCCUGACACCUUGCCAGGGACUGUCUAUUCGCCGAGCUUGGAUCCGGUCCUUUCCAGGGUACCCUCCCCAUUUUUAGAGUGGCACUCAAAAUUGCCUUUGGUGGUAUCCUCUCAUUCCUACAGAAACAAAUUCAGAAGGGAGUUCUCACGGUUCCUACCCCCUUCAGGUUAGGAACAUCAUCCAUCUACCACUCUAUUGAUAACAACUCCUUCUCUGACCCAACCUGUGGUGUUAGAGUCCUUGGAUCCAAGUGUUCCAGGCCCUUGUUGAUCGAAUCCAAAAAAAGUAUUGUCUUUGGAUCCAACUGUUACUCUGAGUGCACCGGCCCUGACAUCUGGAUGACUAUUGGAGCCCGAAGCUUCCAGGUCAGAUCAAAAGAGAUAGGAUCGACUCCAGGGUUUUCAGAACCAUCUCUUCUCUUGGAGCUUCGGCUGUGGAUAGCUCAGCUCCAGCUUCAAACUCGGGUGGAUUGCUCUCUGAGUGGAAGGAAGUGAUGAGCCAGAAACUCUUUUUAUUGGCUCCAUUGUCUACCUUCCCUCCUGAGCGGUCUGCUUUUGAGGUUGUGAAGAUUGUUUUCUUUGCAGUAACAGGUCAGACGUGUGCUUCCCCCUCUGAUCCACCCUUAUCCUCCCAGAUGACUUUGUACCAUGAUCCUCAACAUUCUAGUCCAUGGAGACAGCCUGGCCAAAGCUUUCUGUCCACCCAGUGGGGUAUUGUCAUCUCUUCUGAUACUUCUCCAGAUCAUCCCAUUGAAGAUCAUCCCAUUGAAGAAGUCCCUAGGAAGAGGAAGUGCAAAAGGAGGCACUUGGACUUUCAUCAAGAGUCUAUCAAUGAGGAUACUGACUUCAGUGAGGGAGAAGGGUCUCCAAGAUCACCACCCGAUGACGGCACAUUUGGAGACAUUCUUGAGAUCCUUAAAGAGAAGGGUGAUUGGUCUGCCCAAAACCUGACUCCUGAGGAGUCAGUAUUUCUGGAAGCUUUUAGGACUGGCUCAUCUAUCUUCUGGGUUACUCCACCUGCUAAUGAACUCAUUGAUUUGGUUUCUAAGCUGGCGUGGAAAGAACCUGAUAUGACUGAGCCAAUUCCCUAGAGACCAGAUAGGAUUCUGGCUGCACUGGUAAGAAGAGAAUAUUGGAGUAAAGUGGUACCAGUUGAUGCAAUGGUUAGUGCGGCAGCUACAAAAAAGGAAUUUGCAGAACAGAAUUCUUCUAUCCAUCCCCCUAAUAAAGAAUCUAGGGCACUGGACAGAUUUGGAAAGCAGGUUUAAGCUUCAGUAACUUUUGCUCUCACAUUGUUAAAAUACUUGACACACUUCACGAGACUGCAAAGGGACUUGAUCAAGGAACUUUCAAAUUCCCAUUCACAGAACACUACUGCUGAGGCUUAAUCUUCUGUGGACUCAUAGUUGUCUGCCCUUCAAUCUAUCGCAAAUCUGUGUGUGAGGCUCAUAUCACAUGCUGCAGAAGGCACCUCAAGGGCCAUGGGUUCAGGUAUUCCCAUCAGGAGGCAUGCCUGGAUGCGCCUGUGUGAUUUUGUGGAACCCUUCAAGUCAUUGUUUAUUAAUGCUCUCUUUGACAGCUCUUCUUUGUUUGGCCCCACUGUUAAAGACACACUCUCCAGAUGUGAGAAAGGCAGAAAGACCCUCUCUGCAGUGGGUGCAUGUUUUUCGACCCCUCAAAGGACCUUUACCUCAUAUCAACGGAGAGGUCAAAAGGACCUUUUCCAGGAAUCAACAAGGAGGUCGAAAUAUGUGGUUCAGGAAGUCUCAGGAUCCUUUCCAGGACACACAUGGAGGUUGUUCCCCCAGAGGCGGGGGGUGAUCAUGGUAAAAGACUCCUCCCAUGGCAGAGGAGCCCCACAAAACUAAAGGUCUAGAGAUUCCUUUUUCAACAGACCCUUCCAGCGCUCCUGAAGGGAGGCCUGAUUGACUUCCUCUGAAGGCAGUCUGGGGUCACUUAUCUCUGCACUAGGAAGCCUGGUUAAACAUAACAAAAGAAACAUGGAUGCAGAGAAUUAUUUCCAGAGGUCAUAUUCCCUUUUCCCUGCCACCUCCAUUAUCCAGAAAAUUCCCUGAUGUUCCACCCAAUCAGAGGGAAGCAGCAGCACUAGAAAUCCAAAAGCUGCUAGAAAAAAGUGUUAUCCAAGAGGUCCCUUCAGACCAAAUAGAAUCCAGAACUUACUCAAGAUUUUUUUUAGUGCCAAAGAAGACGGGACCAGAGAUCAAGUUUAGAUCACAGUCUGGUGAGCAAAUCAGUUUGACACACCAAGUUCCAGAUGGUCACGUUUCAGUCCUUUUGGGCCUUUCUGAGCAGGGACGACUGGAUGUGCUUGCAGACCUUCAGAGGAUCCAGAAGGUACCUACGCUUCUGGCUGCAAGCUAGUCACUCUCAAUCAAGAGCACUGCCCUUUGGACCCACUACAGCCCCCGGGGGUAUUCACCAAGUGUAUGGCAGUGGUAGCAGCUUACUUGGGACUGCAAAGAUUCUGGGUGUUUCCAUAUUUGGGUCUAUAUUAUGACACCAAAACAGCUAAACACCGAACACCGUUUCAGCGACACAUAAAGAGCAAAUUACAAGUUAAGCGAAUGGCCAGAUCACCAAUUAUUUUCCUAGGGGAAAAAAUUGGUAGGCCAACCAGACACGACACACCAGCUUAAACAUUACAAAGUGGUGGGCUUCCCCCCCACACCCCCCCUAACUAAAUAUACCAACUCUGAGAUCGCACUACAGUGAGGAAAAGGGCAAAUUCAUGGCAACGGCCAAACAAUUUUUUUUCCUUAGGAAAAAAAUCGGUGAUCUGGCAGUUCACUUAACUUGAGUUUGCUCUUUAUGUGUCGCUGAAAUGGUGUUCGGUGUUUAGCCUUUUCGAUGUCAUAAUAUAGACCCCCCCCCCCAUAUUUAGAUGACUGGCUCAUUACCGUCCUGACCAGGCAUCAGCUGAUACAAGCAUGAGACCAAGUGUUGCAGACCUGCUUAAAUCUUGGAAUAACCAUAAAUUACAACAAGUCUUAUUUACAAUCAACCCAGACAAUGAAAUUCAUAGGAGCAGUGUUCAACACAGUAUCUGUUGUAGAUCUCUUCUUCUUUCAAGAGUACAGACAAUAAGGAAACAGGUCAGGACAUAAUUUCCAGUACCAGAAUUUCAGUCCGACUGAUUCUGCAAGCCCUGGGAUCAAUGUCAGCAGCAAUCAUUUUAGUUCCUUUAGCAAGAUAUCACAUCAGAAUUCUGCAAUUGAUGCUAGCAACUCAAUGGUCAGUGCUCUCUCAACUCAUAUUGGCAAAGAUAUGAAUAACUCAGGUUUGCAAACAGUAUCUUUCCUGGUGGAUUUAGUUACAACUGUUACAAGGUUGUCCUUUCACUCUCCCUCAGGCCAAGGCCGUAGUGACCACAGACUCUUCCCAGAUUGGGGGCCAAGGCAGUUGGUCCUCCAAAGAGGCCAACUUGCAUAUCAAUGUUCUGGAAAAGAGAGCGGUGCUUUUGGCAUCACAAGCAUUCCAAAACUCUCUACCUGUCAGGGUAAUUGCAGUCCAAAUGGACAAUAUGUCAGUAGUUUAGUACAUCAACAAACAAGGGGGAACCAGAUCUUAUCCCCUGUGUCGAGAAGCACUAAGAGUGUGGCAAUGGGCGAUAUCUUCCAACUGCUUUCUCAUAGCAACACAUGUUCUGGAGAAGUCCAACAUAAUAGACAAAUUGAGCAGGUCCAUAUUACUGUCUCUCAACAAUGAGACAGAAACCAUUUUCAGUUAGUGGGGCCAGCCUUGCUACGAUCUUUCUGCAUCUCCCCUGCACAAGUGCAGCAGCUACUUUGACCUGAUCCCCCCAUUGGGGUAAUCACUGAGGGAUGUUCUGAUACACGAUUGGCUCCCCAGUCUUCUGUGUGCUUAUCCUCCAACUCCCCUAAAAAAGCAGCCAGGUUGAAGAGCAAAGUCAUCCUCAUUGCACCUUACUGGUCUUGACAAGUUUAAUUCCCCUUCCUUUGGCCUCAUCUAGUGUACCCACCAUGGAUUCUGGAUCUAACUCCAGUCCCCCUGUCUCACCCGGCAGACAUGGUUCACCCAGGUGUCUCAAAUCUCAAACUGACUGCAUGGUUUCUUUAAUUCCCAUAAUAGCCAGGCAACCAAUGCUGUCUUCCCUUGUCCAUUCCAUACUUUCAUCUUCCUAUAAACCUUCUACUAGGAAACUCUACAGAAGUAAGUGGAAAAGGUCUGUUUAUUGGGCAGAGCAGAAUCAGACUGACCCCUUCUCAGCUCCGAUCCAUUCUGUUCUUGAAUUUUUAGUGAGUUUGUUAAAUGAAGGUGCUAGUUCUUCAACUAUUAAAGUUCAGUUUGCAGCAAUCUCUGGGGUUUCAAACUUCUUCCCUGGAUGCCUCUAAACUGUGCAAAGCCUUUCUGAAAGGUGCUCUUCUGCUAGGACCCCUUAUAAAGACCACAUACCACGAUGGGAUUUAAAUUUGGUAUUGCAAGCCUUAAUACCUUCUUCCUUUGAGCCAGCAAAUGUGAUCUAAAAUUUCUGACAUGGAAAACUGUCUUUUCUGUGUUGAUUUCUGGCCUAUUUGUGGUGGUUGCAGAAGUGUAUUUUUAGUUGCAAUUACAUCUGCUAGAGGAAUUUCAGAAAUUCAAGCAUUGUCUUUCACCUUACAUACCAGUGCUUUAUUCCUACAUAAGGUGGUGUCAGAAUCCAGUAUUAACCAAGCUGUUCAUCUGCCAGUAUUCUUCCCAAACUUUGCCAAUAAAGUUGAAUAUAUGCUGCACUUACUGGAUGUUCAUAGACAGUUAUGUUUCAACCCGCACAGAACAAAAGUUGUUUGAAAGACAGAACAGCUAUUUGUUUCCUUUGCAUAUAAGUUGGGCAAAUCAGUUACAAAGGUCACUCUAGCUAGAUGGUUGACAGAUUGCAUUUCAUUUGUCUACAACAAAUUGGAUCUCCCCUUACCAAAACCAUUAAAGGCUCAUUCAACCAAAUCUAUGGCAAGUUCCACUGUAUUCCAGUCUAGAGCCUCUAUGCACAAUAUAUGUGUGGCUGAAACUUGGUUAAAUUCUCAUACCUUUAUCACUGAUUGCAAACUAGAUCUGGUAUCAAGGGGAAAAGAAGCUUUUGGCUCAACCGUAUACAAGAAUAUCCUUUCUUAGAGUCCACCCAGGAAUUUAGGCAACUGGGGACUCUAUCCCAUUAGUUGUACUUACUAUAACAUUCCAUCUGUGUUGUCCAUUUUCAUUCUUCCUCAACUCACCACCCUCUAUCCCUCUCCAUUUCUCACAAAUGACUUGUGGAGGAAUGAGAUUCUUAGGGACACCCCUUUCUGUGAACUCCAGUCAUUACAAUUCUUUUAUAGUUUCUCUCUCUCAAGCUGUAAAUAGGAUCUGGGGGACGUUAUGUAUAGUGAAUUAUGGGUAGGAAAGGAGCUCACGAGUAUGUUGGAGGCCACGAGCUAGUGUAACGGCCAACUCGGAUUUGAGCAAUGAUUCAAACCCAUCAGAUGAGGAAGAAUGAAAACUGACAACACAGAUGGAACGUUAUGGCAAGUACAUAACUUCUUUUUUUCUGAAUUAGUUCAGCCACUUCUUUCUUUUUCCUAUCGUAAAUCAUGGGAGAUGACUCAUGCUGAUGCCAGUUGACACUGUUUUGCAGAAAUCUACUCUCUAUGCUGCUCAGUCAUAGAAUAAAAAAAAAUGUUUCAGACUGUCAUAUUAUUUUGCCCUGUGUCCAGUUAUUGCAUACUGUCCUCCAAUUUAUCAUAUAAUUCUUUUACUGUAUAUCUGUUCAUUCAUGGGCUGUAAGUUUCCUUGCAUUAUUUUGUGUAACUAGUCUCCAUACCAUUUUACAGGCAGACUGCACUACUUUUGGUGCUUUUAUUGCUUUUCAUUUAUUGGUGUGCCAUGUGUGCACUGAAAAUACAGAAGAAUGCUUUGCCCUUUCGGACAUAUGAAGUAAAUUAGUUUAAAUAAAUAAUAUCUUGAUUUUAUUUUAAAAAGUUUUUAUAUUGAACAUUCAAAUUUGAAUUAUUGCAAUGAAUGAAAAAUAGUAAAUCAUUAUUGUAACCCUAAUGAGAGCAUUUGCUUGUAAUGAAUGCUGUUGUCUGAAGCCUAAUAUUUGGGCCUUAAGAAGCUAUUCUUUAUACAUGAAAGCCCAGCUCUAAGAGUUAUUCUAGAUUAGUUAGGCACAGAUUGUUAUUUUUGUGUUUAAACUUCUUGCUGUGGCAUGCAGUGCCACUGACCAUACCAUUGUGGUGCUGCAUUCAGUGGUCAUUUUAAUUUGUUUUUUUAUGCUAAGUAAAAGUUUGUAGAGUAUGUUGUCUUUUUUUUUCAGUUGAAUUUGUGUAUUGAAAACAUAAUAUUUUUUUUAAUUUGCACAUUAGGACAUAAAAGCAGUACUUAAUUUUCUGUUGUACUGAACUACUGAUGAAAUAAACAGAUACAUAUUAA